CACCAGCGAGAAGCUGUUGUUUUGUAUGGCGGCAGACAGCAUGUGAAGUUAUUUGAUCCCAGAACAAAAGAAACAAGGAGGAAGGAACAAUCCGAUGCUGGGAGGGACUCACAGCGAGGGGCCCCUGACUCAGUCUGACAUCUACAAGCAAUUAAUCUCCUAAUCGUCUGACUUCUUUUCACUCACUUUUAUUUUUUAUUCAAGAUUUCUCUGCUUUUUUUCUUCAAAAUGUUUGGAAAUGUCUGAUUCAACUUGAGAGGAAAAGAGCAUCUCUUUAGCUCUUCUUAACCCCGAGUAAGGAAGAAAAGCAUAUUCAGCGGCAGGCAGAGUCACACUUUUAAAAUUAACAGAGUGAGAGACACAGUGAGAAGUACAGAGAGAGGGAGUGCAGGUCCCUCUGUGCACCACGAUGCUGCGCUACCUGAUCAAGACCUUGUUGCAGAUGAAUCUGUUCACAGACACCAUCCGAAACCCUUCCAAUGGAACUGAUGUCUACUUCAACAGCUCCCUGCAAUCCUUCAACGGCUCCCUGCCGUCCUUCAACAGCUCGCUGUUCGAGUGGGGAAACUUCACCGGCUUCAACGGAUCCCGACCCAGAUUAGAGGAUGCCGCCCCUCGGAUUGUAGAGCAUCCCUCUGAUUUAAUUGUGUCCAAGGGGGAGCCAGCUACCCUCAACUGUAAGGCUGAGGGGCGUCCGACCCCGAUGGUGGAAUGGUACAAAGACGGAGAGCGGGUCGAGACGGAUCGAGAGGACCCUCGGUCCCACAGGAUGCUAUUACCCAGCGGCUCCCUCUUCUUUCUGCGAAUUGUACACGGAAGACGAAGCAAACCUGAUGAGGGUGUGUAUGUGUGUGUGGCGCGCAACUACUUGGGUGAAGCAGUCAGUCGCAACGCAUCGCUGGAAGUGGCAAUUCUGAGAGAUGAUUUCCGUCAGACGCCCAGUGAUGUGGUGGUGGCAGCAGGGGAGCCGGCUGUCAUGGAGUGCAUCCCUCCCAGGGGCCACCCGGAGCCCACCAUUUCUUGGAAGAGAAACAACAUCCGGGUCAAUGAUCGAGAUGAAAGAAUUACUAUCCGUGGAGGAAAGUUGAUGAUUUCAAACACCAGGAAGAGUGAUGCUGGCAUGUAUGUGUGCGUUGGAACCAACAUGGUUGGAGAAAAAGACAGUGAUCCUGCUGAACUGGUGGUAUUUGAGAGGCCAGUGUUCACCAAACAGCCGGUGAACCAGGUGGUGUUGGCAGACGAUACAGUGGACUUCUCCUGCGAGGUACACGGAGACCCGACUCCGACUGUCCGCUGGCGCAGAGAGGAGGGCGAGCUGCCUCGGGGCAGAUUUGAAAUCCGCAGUGAGAAUAGUCUGCGUCUGACCCAGGUGCGAGCUGAAGACGAGGGCACCUACACCUGCGUGUCAGAGAACAGCGUCGGCAAAGCGGAGGCGUCGGCUGCCCUGCAAGUACACGUCGGCCCAUCCUUGCCUCCUCAGAUUGUGGUUCGACCGCGGGACCAGAUCACAACUCCAGGUCGUACCGUAACCUUCCUCUGUGGCACCAAAGGAAACCCUCCGCCAGCCGUCUUCUGGCAAAAAGAAGGCAGCCAGAUCUUGCUGUUCCCUGUCCAGGAGCCAUCACAGUCAGGACGAUUCACAGUGUCACUGAGUGGUGAGCUGACCAUCAAUGAUGUCCAAGUUGAAGACUCUGGCUAUUACAUCUGCCAGGCCAUCAGCGUGGCUGGAAGCAUCCUGACCAAAGCCCUGCUCGAGGUAGAAAGUGCACCUUCAGACCGGGUCCCUCCCAUCAUCCGCCAAGGACCAGCCAAUCACACAUUAUCUCCUGGAUCCAUGGCUCAGUUACACUGUCACAUCAUGGGCAACCCCAUGCCCAGCAUACAAUGGGAAAAAGAUGGCCAAAGGAUCCUGGGAAAUGAUGGUCGAAUCAGCUUGAUGGAAAAUGGAACUUUUCAGAUCACCAACCUCCAGGAAACAGACUCUGGGGUUUACACCUGCCUGGCUAGCAGCUCCAGCGGAGAGACGAGUUGGAGUGGAGUGCUCACAGUCAAAGAGAGCGCAGACGUGUCGGUAGCUCAGGCCACUGAACCCUUCCAGCUACCAGGCCCGCCACAUAAGCCCAUAGUCACGGAUGUGUCCAAGAACAGUGUCUCUCUGACCUGGCAACCCAAUGCCCAUGAGGGAGGAGCCGCUGUCACCUCCUACAUCAUUGAGGCCUUCAGCCAAUCAGCAGGGAGCACAUGGCAGACUGUAGCUGACAUGGUUAAAAUGGAGACGCACACCAUCACCGGCCUUCUUCCCAACACCGUCUACCUGUUCAUCGUCCGUGCUGUCAACACCUACGGCCUGAGUGACCCGAGCCCCAUCUCUGAGCCCGUCAGAACACAAGAUGUGAGCCCUACAGGUCAGGGAGUGGACCACAAGCAAGUGCAGAGGGAGCUGGGAGAGGUGGCUGUUCAGCUUCAGGACCCCGUGAUGCUAACAGCAGCUUCCAUUAGAGUAUCCUGGAACGUCGACCGUCAGUCUCAGUACGUCCAGGGCUACCGUCUGUCCUACCGGCCCAGCGGGGGAAUAUGGCUCCUCCAGGACAUCAAUUCCCCCUCGGAGCGCAGCACCGUCCUCACCGGCUUACUCAAAGGAACCGAGUACGAGAUAAAGAUCCGUCCCUACUUUGAUGAAUUCCAGGGCAAAGAUAGCAGAACGUUGCUAGUCCGGACCCCAGAAGAAGUGUCCACGUUGCUGAAGGGCCUGAUGCCCGGAGUGCUUUACCAAGUGGAGGUGGCAGCAGUGACUAGCGCCGGGAUUGGCACUCGCAGUCAGCCGGUGCCCGUCCUCAUCAAGCUGCCAGCUGAACAGCCCUCAUUAGCAGGUGGAAGCGGAGGCAGUGGUGACAAGACCAAUGGUGGUGAGGAGAGCAGCGUGAGUCUAGCUGAACAGAUUACAGAUGUGGUCAAGCAGCCGGCGUUCAUCGCAGGCAUCGGAGGAGCCUGCUGGGUCAUCCUGAUGGGUUUCAGUGUCUGGAUCUACUGCCGCCGCAAGAAGAGGAAGGAGCUGAGCCACUACACGGCCUCCUUCGCCUACACACCAGCAGAGUGUCUCUGUAGGCAAGGAGUACUUGGGGGCAACAUGGGCAACUACCCAUGGCUGGCAGACUCUUGGCCCACCACCAACUUGGUUCACAAUGGCAAAGAGGCCGUCAACUGCUGCCCGGCCAAUCCCGACACAGCUGAGAGAUACUACAACGAAGCUGGCAUCUCCAACUACCUGAAUCAGACUGAGAAGUACAGCAUGGGAGGCUCCACCGAAGGUCCCAUCUACAGCACGAUUGACGCCACCAGCGAGGACCUGCACAGUUUCACCUACGCCCAGCACAACUCCACCACUCCUUACGCUUCCACCUCCAUCAUGCCUUUCACCAACCAGACACAAGUUCCACCCCACGGCGGUGAGCAGCAAGACGACGGCCACUGGAUUACCCAGCCCGGUCCAUCUGGAGCUCAGUACGCCCAGCUGGACCGCUGCAGUGGUGAGGAAGGAUUUCAGUUCUGUGAAUUUGAAAUACACAUCUCUGUCUCCUGUGUAGAGCCGCCCACGGCCUCGCUGAGCUGUAAUCUGCUUCACUGUGUAUCUAGAUCGGAUGAGGAAUGGUGUCCACCCCUCCCUGAGAGGACAUACCUGAUGGAAGGCUGCGAGGACAGACCUUCGCCCCCUCAGAGGAACAACGCUUCCUCUCCAGCCACCUCCUACAGUCACCAGUCAACCGCCACGCUCACUCCAUCACCGCACGAGGAGCCCCAAGCCCACCAUGACCUCCCCCGUCAGAACCAAUCAAACAGCCAGCAGUUGUCACGAAGGUUACCCUGCGGUCCCAUGCCAGUUCCCCAGGCACCGAGCCCACUGCUCACCCAGUCCAACCCCAGCCUCUCCGGCCAACAGCAUCACAGCUCGUCAGAAGUUGGCAUGCUGCAGUGCCAGAGUCCUGCCCAUCGCUGCCUCCAGAGCCAGGGCCCAGCUCUGAAUGAAGACAGCAUCAGCACCACCACACCGGUGCACAGUCGCUCCUCCCCCGCUGAUACAAGUACUCCACCAAACCAAAAAUCAAGAGUGAAAAAAAAAGUGUCUAAGACUUCAGCUUACAGAAGAGACAUACAAGGAGACCUGCCCCCUCCUCCAGAACCACCCCCAGAAGAGGGCAGGUUACAGGACCCUCAGGGGUGCAUGGAGGCCAACUGUGUGACAAACGGCACCCUGUCCUCCCUGGAGAGGACUGAAUAUAGCAUUAAUAGCCAGCAGCGAAAAGGCUCGGGACAGAGACACACUGACAAUGAGGAGAUGAUCCUGUACAGCAGUAAGGCCGGUUACCUCUCCAGAGGUCAGAUGUCCAGUAACUGUUCAACUACGGGAAGUUCCUCAUCGAGAGGCUCCACAGGCUCCCGGGGGCUCAACUCAGCCAGGAAACACAAUGAGGAAUUAAGAUAAAGAAAUUCUAUCAGUGUACCUUUGAUGAUUUGAUCACCCUCCUGCUCCCCGCCCAUCUAACCACUGUGGAGACAAUAAGCUGAACAAGACAUGGAGCUUAGGGUUUCAGGAACCUAGAGUCAAACCUAUGUUAUUGCUGUAAACAGACUUUACAUUCUGCUUUUGGUAUUGCUCCGAAUAUUUAUGAGCCACUCAGAUCACUCCUCACCUUUGGUUUGUAAAUACCUGUGUCUGUAUUUUGUGAGCUCUGGAUACAGGGGUAAAAGAUGUAUAUUGUAUUUAUGAGGAUUAAAAAAAACACAAACGUCUGAUAUUUAAAAAAACAAACAAAAAAAAAGUCUUCUUGAAUGUGCCAACUUUUUUUCUCAAAAUGUAUACUUUUUGGAAAAGCAUUAACUACUGUUGCACUCUUGUUGUGAUGGCAAAACAACAGAAAAUAUGAAGCACAAAGUGUGUUUUCUGGUCGAGAAUGAGGGGUGGGGGGGGUCAGAAAAACCAAAACGAGCUGGGUCUCGCUCCCAGAUGGACGUCUCCGCCCCCCAACGCUUCCCCACCAGGAUCCCUGCUGCCAUGUUGUCCGCUACGAAUGUCAUAUUUUUCUAUGUUUCCUCUGGUUUCUCUGCUGCAAAGUGUUCCACUCUGCAGACAGACUGACAGACAGACAGACUUUAUGAAAGUUUGAUUGUAUUCCCUCUGCUUCCCUCUUGUCUGUCUGAGAGGCUGUUUGCUGCAUUUGUCAGAUGAAAUGUCAAUAUACUCCCUCCAAAACAAACAAACAAACAAACAAACAAACAAAAAAUGUCUGUGGACUGACUUUUUUGUACUCUUGUUGUUUUGUAAAUGUACAGUAAAACACAUUUGAUGA